AUGCCUGACUUUGGCCUGGAUGACGAUGACCGAGCUUCCAAUGGUAGCUCCGACAACGAACAGGAUGAGCUCAUGGACGAUGCUGAUGAUAAUGAAAUGGAUGUAGACGUGGAAGGGGAAGAUGAGGAUGGGGAUGGCGAUGGGGAUGGGGAUGGAGAUGGGGAUGGGGAUGGGGAUGGGGAUGGCGAUGGGGAUGGCGAUGGGGAUGGCGAUGGAGAUGGAGAUGGAGAUGGGGAUGGCGAUGGCGAUGGGGAUGGCGACGGCGACGGCGACGGAGACGACGACGAGAACGAGAAUGAGAACGACGAAGACCAAUACGAAGGAGAAGAUGAUGACGACGACGCCCCCGAGCCAGCUUCAGUCGCCCAACCUCGGAGACCUAGUAUUCCACCUCCAAACACCAGCUCCGAAGACACGCCUACGGCCAACCAGAUCAAUGGUGGACCUACAUCACAGCCUAGACCAGUUGCCGAUUCAACUUCUGCCUCCCCACGAAUCUCUGCAGCUCCUUUGCGAUCGCCCAAGUUUCGCUAUGAAGUGCGCGCCGAAGCUCUCACUGCAUCGUCCUACGAUAUAGUACCUACCAUGGCGGCGCCGCAAAGCACAUCGAUCAACGCCAUAACAGCGACACCAGAUAUGAGGUAUUGGUUCACAGGGGGUACAGAUUGCUUCAUACGGAAAUAUGACGGAGCCGCAACGGUCAAUGGAAAGAUACUCCUGACUGUGGCGCAACGACACCCUUUUGUGGAUAGUGUGGUCAAAGCUGGAGUUCUGAUGACCUACUGGGACAACCAGGAACCCCCGCCGGUGGAAGAUGACAAGAAUCCCAAGGAAGACAAUGAAGAAAAGGAAGAGAAGGAAGAGAAGGAAGACAGGGAAGAUCAGGAGGAUAAGGAAGAGCAGGAGGAAAAGGAAGAGCAGGGAAAGAAGCAGGCGGAACCACCACUCUCGCCAGUAUAUUCGUUGGCUGUUCAAUCAAAAGCGUUAUGGCUACUUUCUGGUUUGGAAUCAGGAGCUAUUAACAUAUACAGUAUACGGCAUCAAGAAGGUUCCAGGAUCCACUCCAUGCGGCAUCACAAUUCAGCAGUUUCCGCUCUUGCCUUGGCUCAGGACGAAAGGUCGGUUCUUUCCGGCAGUUGGGACAAGAAGGUUCUUGAUUUGGAUUUGGAUACCGGAUCUAUCAAGAGGAGUUUCGAGGGCAGUGGUGGCCAGAUAUCCGCCAUCGAGGUGCGGCCAGCCUCGUCUUUCCCUGUACCAGAAGAGUCGUGGGAGCCUGUGCCGAAAUCCGAGACGUUUUCCAGCAACAACGACAGGCCUUUCACGAACGGGACGCAAGGUGCCGAUGGAGCGACUCAUGAGCCGGAAGUGAAUAACGAAGAUGCGCCUGGGUCUCCCGCCGACUCGCUGUUUGGCGGUGGGAGUGACAAUAACUCGUUGUUUGGAGAGACAGCCGGUGAAGGGGCACCAUCCGGAGGAGUGUUCGGAGAUGAAGAUGACGAGUUUUCCAUGGCAAUUGAGUCAGGUUUGGACACCCGGGAACAAACCGAUGCACAGGGUGAUCUGAGUAUGGGAGAAGCCCCUCCUCUCGUUCCAGAAGCUACAGAAAAUGGCACGGGCGAGACUUCGAAGUCAGAUGGCACUCAUUUGGAGGAAGAGCCUCCGCCACAUAUUGUGGUAGCUAAAACCCAAGAUGCGGUUGCAACCUCGGACUCUACGUUUCUCGCCGCAUCCAUAGAUGGCACACUACGAGUAUGGGACAGGAGGCAACCGAACCCUGUAGCACGAAUCGCGACCAGGCAUGGGGUUCCCCCUUGGUGCAUGGCAGCAUGUUGGUCGCCCGAUGGCAACUUUGUCUACGCAGGCCGACGGAAUGGAACCGUUGAAGAAUUCAGCCUGCACCAAGGCCUGAAGAGCCCGAGCCGAACAUUUAAAUUCCCCCAGGGAAGCGGCGCCGUCACAGCCGUUCGAGCCAUGCCCAAUGGACGGCAUCUGAUAUGUGCAUCGCACGACAUCCUCCGCCUCUACGAUUUGAAGGAGCAACAGUCCGCGAAGCACUCUACGGUGCCGUUCUUGAUCGUUCCAGGACCCCCGCGAGCGGGUGUCAUCAGUGCGUUGCAUAUCGAUCCUACUUGCAGGUAUAUGCUCUCCGCGGCAGGAAAUCGCGGCUGGGAGGGUAGCAAUACCGAGGUGUUGAUUGGGUACGAGAUUGGGAUCCCGCCGUAA